AUGCGCGUAGCUCUUGGUUGUGCCCUACCCCGAUAUGACGACGCCGUUUUGGCCCAGAUCCAAAUCAGCCGGUCAGAGGACGGCAAUUUAUCCAAGUGUUCACGUCCGCGGUCCGACUAUGCAUACCGGCUUGUCGCCCGAGUAACAUCACAAACACUGGAGCCGGUACGAGAUAAUCAUCAUCAUCCACGUCGUGAGACGCGUGUAGUUGGCUUAAAGGGGUCAAGACCGACUAUUUGGUCACAGGCUGUCUUUGAUACCGGUCAACCGUGA